AUGGGAGGUGGCACUGCGCCGACUGCGGCGAGCGCCACCGCCGAUGUGCCCCGCGCCUUCCGGAAGGAGGUGUGGGGUGGUGAUCUCCGCGAGGGGAAAACGUCCAACGUCGAGUUGGACGUGAUCUACGCGCGGUAUCUCCCCGCUCUCAGGAUCGUUCCGUCGGACACGAUGGUGUACCUGGCCCCCGAGCGCGUCAAGACGCUCGUGGAGAAGGUGCGCCGUCAGGGUGUCCUCUACUUCCCAAUCUUCGUCAUGAAGCAUUGGAUCGCCGGUGUGCUGACCGCACAGCCGGCGAAGGGCGGCAGCAAAAGGGAGUCCGAGGUGGUGCUGACCACGUACGACUCCGCGCCGUCCCCCGUGGUGGAGGAGAAGUUGCGCUCCGUGUUUGCGCGCGUGUGGCCGGGCCUGCGGAUGGUCAAGGGUCAGUGCCCGCGGCAGGAGCGCUACAGCGACGACUGCGGUCUGUACAUGACCGCCAACUUCUUCCGCCACCACCUGCAAGCGCGGCUCGUCGACCGCCGCGACUUGCCACGGUGCCUUCGCCGCCUGCUGUACGCGGCGAAGAAGCACAACCCGCCGGUCGAGUACUUCCACGAGAAGAUGCGGAAGGUGCUCACCAGCCACCCCGUGUCGCGCUGCGAUCGUUUCUACGAUGAGAUCGAGCGCGCGCCGUGGAAGCGGGAGACGAGGAGCUGGGCACAGCGGGUCGCGGGCCCGGCUGUGCACACGGGCGGCGCUGCGCCGAGGAAGGCGCCGGCGAGACGCCAGGCUGUGAGGCGGACGGCAUCCGCGGCAGCCCCAGCAGCACGGCGGGCGAGGGCGGAGUUCGCCGCACACCACCACGGCCGCGCGCUCUACCUCUUCCACGGCGCCCGUGCAAUCGCCUCGUAG